AUGUAAAAUGAAUAAGUCAAUAGAUAAUCAAAUAUUAAUGAAGAAGUAAAUGACCCAUUCAAGGACCAUUAAAGUCAUUACUUGAAUAAUGCAGAAAAUAACUCUGAAUUUGUAAAUAAACUCACUUCUUAAUAUUCAACAAAUCUAUAGGAUAAAACUGGAGGUGAAUUUAAGAACAUUGAUGGUGAUUCACUAAUGCAACUAGGAUUAAGGAGCAAAUAAAUGAAAUAAGUUGGAAGUUUAGAAGAUUGGAAUAAUCAUACUAUUGAUGACCAACUCAGAAAUUAUAAACUUGGAAUAAAUACCACAAAGAAUAAUAUUAUUAUAAACAUCAAGGAAAACGAGCAAGAGAAGUAGUUGCCGAAGAGAAAUAAAAACACAUCUGACAUGUAUCUAAGCAAAACCGAAAAAAAGCAAAUAAAUCAAGCAAGGAUUAGCUCUGGACUCGGGGGAAUAAGUUACGAUCUCGAAAAUCUGGUUAGAGAUUAAAAUUAUCUGUCCAUUCCCAACAACUUUAAAAAUAAAGUAGGAGUAGCAUUUGCAACAACUGAAGCUAAUAUAAUGAUGGAUGCUGGUCUUUCUGGGAUCUAUAACAUGGGAAACACAUGUUUCUUGAGCACAGCAAUUUAAUGCUUAUGUGCUGUGUAACCGCUUACUGAUUUUUUUCUCGGGGAUCUUCAUGAAUAGUCAAUAAAUAAAACUAAUCCAAUGGGAUCACUGGGAGAGGUUUCUUUUUAAUAUGCAAAUCUACUUAAAGAUAUUUGGAAAGGAAAGGAGGAUAAAAUUUAUCCAAUGAAAAUUCUAAAAAAACUUCAUGAACUUGCACCACAUGUAUUUAGUAUUACUUAAAAAUUACUAUUUUAGUUAGUUAGUGGGCAAUAGUAAGAUGCUCAGGAAUUUCUUGCAUAUUUACUUGAUAUAUUGCAUGAAGAUCUUAAUAGAGCUGAUAAAUUCAAUAACCUAAAGAAAUAAAGAGAAGAGCUAGAUCUUAAGAAGUCAUUGGCUCUUACUUAAUAGGAAUCUGAGUAUUAAGAGAAUUUUGCUGAAUAUACAGAUGAGUAAUAAGAAUUGAUAGCUUAUGAUGCUUGGAAAGAGCAUUUGUUCAAUAAUAGAUCAAUUAUUGUAGAUCUUUUUCAGGGUCAACUGAAAUCCGCAUUAAGAUGCUUGAACUGUGGUCAUACUUCCAUUAAAUUUGAUAGUUUUAUGUACUUAUCAAUUCCAAUUCCAGCUUAAUUCUAAAAUAAACAUCCGACUCUUGAAGAAUGUGUUGAGGAAUUUACAAAGGAAGAAAUAUUAGAUGGUGAAAAUAAAUGGAAAUGCUUGAAAUGCAAGAGUUUUUAGAGAGCUACUAAAAAGAUAGAUAUAUGGAAGCUACCUUCUAUAUUGAUAGUCCAUCUAAAACGUUUUGAGUUUAGUGAAAGAAAAAGAGGCAAAAUCAAUGAUUUCGUUGAUUUUCCUCUUGAUAAUCUAGAUUUAACUCCUUAUGUCUCUAAACUUUAAAGAGAAAAACCUAUAUAUGAUCUAUUUGCUGUUUCAAAUCAUGAAGGAUAUCUUGGAGGAGGGCAUUACUAUGCCUAUACAAAGCACAGGAAAAAUCAUAUGUGGUACUAAUUUGAUGAUGAUAUGGUUAAACACAUGCCAGAUGAAGAGAAUGUAGUUACUCCUGCAGCUUAUAUUCUCUUCUACUCAAAAAUGACUGUAGAUGAGUUUGCAAGGUAGACAUUAAGUGAACCUGGCCUAUGGCCGCAUUUGAUAUUCUCUGAAAAAACAAAACUUAAUAGCAUAAAUGGUGCCAGACGAAUUCCAAAUGUUAAUUAUUAAAGUCCAAAAUCGAUAUUCGAUGUUCCAAUUUAUAAGCCUUCUCCCAAUCUUUUGGACUUAAAGCUUAAGAAUAAUUAAAUGAAAGUUAGUGGACAUGGACUAGGAAAAAUUGGAAGCUCCCUAAUUUAAAGGAAUACAAUGGGCCUGUAAAUGGAUUCUUCUGCGGAAUAUAAGGACAGAAAUGGCAUUAUUUCAUAAUCAGGACAAAAAUCUAUUUUCACUCCUUAGAGAUAAUCUCAUAAUGGAUAUUUCAAGACCAAUACUUAGGAUAAUUUGAAUACUAUUGAUCCCAAUAUUCUAUCUUCGAGAGGCAUUCCUCCUAGUUCAAGUAUUAUUGAAGGAAAAAGUGAUUACUCAGCUUAAAGCAAAAGAGCAUAUGGAUAUAGCUAGAUUACUUAGCAAAAGGCUACAGGAAAGAUGAUAAUGGAAAACAGCGGAAAUAAAUAGAUAGUCAUAAACAACAAUAAUAAUAACUACUAUAUUAAUUUAUACAUGAGAGGUGAUGGCUAGUAUUGA